AUGGCCGUGAUCGCUACGAUUCCCGCCAAAGCCACCAGGGUCCUCCCGGGGCUGGUGAUAGCUGGCGCAAUCCCUGGCCAGAGGACCGGCGACUUCACUUUCCGCAUGGACAAGCCCUCCGGCGUGGGCGACAUCGGCGACUCCUACCGCCCUGGUCAGGGUAACGCGCGACGAAACGGUCGCGGUCGCGGCCGCGGAGGUCCCUAUGGAAGAGGUCGUGGCGGAUAUCAGAAAAUCAUUCCCGCCGAGCGCGAGCUUCUGAAGUCUCGCCGCGACGGCGUCGAUGAGAAUCUCGUCAAUGACGCCGAUGGCGGCGCCAAGUAUCGCGACAUAGACGAGCUUUCGGACGACGAGGAGGCCGACAUGGACAUCUCGGACAACUCUGACGACGACUCGGGUGAGCCUUCCAACAAGCGAGUCCGCCGCGACGACAACGACGAAAGCGGCAACAGCGUGCCCAAGUGGUCCAACCCAGAUCCGUACACCGCACUCCCCCCGCCCGACGCCGACAAGGAGCGCAAGAAGAAGGACAUGGUCAAGAUGAUUCGCAAAGCUCGCGUCGACGACACUGCUGCCGACAAGCUUGCUGCGAGCACCGAGGCCGAGGAGUUCAUUUCCUUUGACAUGGAUGGUGGCGACGAUGGCGAGGAGGAGGAAAUCAUUCUGCCUCCUUCCAAAUCGCCAACUCCUCCACCGCCCCCGCCGUCCCUUCCUGCUCCUCCUGCCCCCCCUCCUUCCCUGCCUGCCGCUGGUGUGUUCAGAGAGCCGCCUACUGCUCCCCGCCACGAUCAGGCCUCCAACGGUCACUUCAACGCUUCUGCCGCUUCUACGGCACCUUCCAACCCCAACAGCAACCGACCGGCCCUUCCUCCGAAGCCAGUCGUGGCCGACGACGCACUUGGCUCGCGCAAGCGCACUGUCGAUGACCAGAUCAAGCCACCCACCUACGGCCCUCUGAGGAAGAUGAACAAGAUGCCCGUCGGUGGUGACAUACUUCCCGAAUGGCAAGUCACCAGGCACGAGGACCCUACGCCCUGGAUCAAGGCAGACCAUUCCAAAUCGUCGGACAUUAGCGUUUGGCUGCACAAGGAAGUUGUGGAUUUCUACGAAAUGGUCAGGCCUCGUGAAUUUGAGCAUGCCAUGCGCAGCCGACUCGUCGAAAAGCUUCGCAGGGCUUUGAGAACAAGCCGCAACUACAGAGACCACGAUCUCGAGCCGUUCGGAUCGUUCAUGUCAGGUUUGUAUCUUCCCACGGCCGACAUGGACUUGGUUGUCUGUGCUAAGCGCUGGAUCAACGGCGGUCCUUCGGAGUUCUUUGGUAUGAAGCCCCUCAGAAACUUUGGCAAGUUCCUGUCCAGCUGUAGAAUUUCCAACUACAGCACCAUGGAGUUCAUUGGUCACGCGAAGGUGCCCUUGGUCAAGUACAUUGACACCCAAACCGGUUUGAGAGUCGACAUCUCGUUUGACCGUCUUGAUGGUCCCCAAGCCAUCAAGACAUUUGCUGCGUGGAAGGAACAGUACCCGGCAAUGCCUAUCCUCGUCACCAUGAUCAAGCACUUCCUCGUCAUGCGUGGCCUCAACGAGCCUGUCAACGGAGGCAUCGGCAGUUUCACCGUCACUUGCAUGGUCGUCAGCAUGCUUCAGCUCAUGCCCCAGGUUCAAAGCCGAAACCUCGUCCCUGAGCAUCACCUUGGUGAAAUGCUCAUGGAAUUCUUCGAUCUUUACGGAAACAGAUUCGACUAUACGAACACGGCUAUCCGUCUGAACCCUCCCGGAUACAUGCACAAGACCAAAGUUCCCGAUGUCGUCUACAAGAAUCGCGACCGCCUCUCUGUGAUUGACCCUAACAACCCUGCCAACGACAUUUCGGGCGGCUCUAGCAACGCCGGCCGCAUCUUGGGAGAGUUCCGUUACGCGUACCAGAGGCUACAGAAGAGAAUGGCGGAGCUGUCGCAGCUUAGCUCCCGCGCCAGCCAGCCGACCAGUAUCCUCGAGGCGAUCUACGCCGGCAAUUACUCAUCGUUCCGCAACCAGCGCGCACACCUUCGCAGACUUCACGACCAGUGA